GAUAUUCUAUUUUUAAUUCAUAAAUUUUUGCUAAAGUUUCGUGUUUAUGUGCAAAUUCUAAUUAGAUCUACGCUGUAUUAAUUAGUAUAAAGAAGUUACCCAAACUUAAAUUUUGUUAAAUAUUGUAAACGAAAUGUUUUUUAUCAAGAUAUAAUUACCUUUAUUUUAGUGUAAGCUAUAUUUUGCUAAAAUAUAUAAUCAUAAUGUUUGCAAGUCUGAAAAGCAAAAUUAAAGAAGAAACUGGAAGUGAUAUUAGCAAGUUGACCAGUAGUUGGAGAAGUGGAGCUUUCUUGGGAAGAUUAUCUUUACGUGAUGAUUCGUCCACAACAAGCCCUUCAAGUUCUGGUGGGCAAGGUGACACAACAUCUGAUUCAAUAUCACCUCAACUACAAACAUACUUAAAUGAUAGAACUGGAGGUCAAGUAGACCAAGUAGCUCUUCAUCAGCAGUACACCACACAACUUGAAGAGAAAUUAAGAGAUAGAGACCUGUUCUGGGAGCAUAAAAUUGAGGAAUUGAAACUGUCCCUUGCAUCAGUACAAGGUGAAGAAGCAUCGGCAGCCCAAAUGGUGGCUCGCACAGCACAGGCAGAGGCAGCUAAGGCUGUGCUAGAAAGAGACCAAUCUCAGAGACAUCUUAAUGACCUUAAAGCAAGAUUAGCAGCUGCAGAAAAUGCACAAGAUCGCCUCGAUACACUUAAUGAAGAGUUAGAGGAAUCUCGGCGAGCUUGGACACGUGAACGCGCAGAACUCACAGCCGCGUUAAGCGCUGCAGACGCUCGAACGAGAGAUCUGGCUGAUGAAUUACAAGUCCUGAGAGCCGCGUUACCCACAACGCAUCCCUUACACCAUGUUCACGAUGAUGAUAAAGAAAUGCAAUUAACGGGUUGUGGUGACUAUGACCGUGUGUGUCGUGAGAAAGCGGUGGUAACCCGUCAGCUGCAGGAAGCCAAAAUGGUCCUCGCUGAUGUUAAAACCUCUUGGAGUGCACAGAUUGCAUCGCUUGAGACUCAGGUGGCGCGUCUGUCUCGCCAAGCGGGAGAAGAAGGCGCAGAAAGAAGAAGAGUAGAGAACGAGAAAAGAGAUAUUCAGGAAAAUCUUCUAGAAUUAUCCGCUGAGCUUGAGAAAGCAAGACAAAACUUGGCCAAUAGUGAAGCUAAGGUGGUGCGUUUGAACGGCGAGGUGCAUUCAUUGGCCAUGGAAGUGAAGACACUGCGCAAUGCAGCAAGCGGGGCUACCGAUAAAACAAUGGAAUUAGAGGCUCAAAUACAAGAGUUAACAGCUGAAAACAAAGAAUUGUCUGAAAUGUUGGAAGACAGUAGAGAGAUGGUCACGAUGUUGAGAGAGAAACUUGAGGAGUCACGUAAAAUUUGCGAUGAGCAUAAAGAAGAGUUGAAUAACCUCAAUUCGGUGAUGACAGAUAUGCAACAUGACUAUAUUGAUAUACAGCGGAAGUUUGAUAAGGAAAGGCGAGAGAAAGAUGAAGCACUAUUGCGAAAUGCUCAUAUAUCGCAAAACGUUGAGAAGAGCCUGUGCAAUGUCCGAUUUCUGGAGUCAGAGACAACAGACUUGAAAUCAAAAAUUACAGAGCUAGAGGGAAUUAUAUCGCAACACAAAGAGAAUCAAGCGUCGUGUAUGCUAAUAAAGGAAAAUGAAGAGGCGAUAAAUAAAGAAAAUGAGGAACUCAGACAGCGAAUAAAAAUAUUCACUGAAACUGAGGUCGCAUUUAAGAAAACAAUUCAAGACUUAGAAGCUGAAAUCUGUGAUAGAAAUAAGAAAAUAAAAACUUUAGAUAAUAGAAUAUCGGAUAUGAAGAAAACCCUUCAGCGUGAAUUGCAAAGUAGCAAGUCGGAUCUCACCACGGCUGAAGAACAGGAUAUAAGUAGACGGUAUUUAAAACACGUAGUGCUACGAUUUUUGACUGCGCGUGAGUUAGAAGCUCGACAGUUGACUCGUGCUCUGUCAGUGCUGUUACGAUUAUCGGCACACGAAGAGGCUCUGUUGAGGGCGGCCUUACCCGCCCGAUCUGGUAUUUCUACCUGGUUUCCUGCCCUUAACACGUGAAUUGUAUAGUUUCUGUUAUGUAGAAAUUGUGAUCGACAGGAAUUAUUUGUAGUCGGAAACUAAGAAAUUGGUUUUAGUACAAUGUAGUUACUGUAAACUUUUGCACCGAAUUCUAUUUGAACGAGUCAGUGCUUUCUUUUUUUAAAUUAUGGCCACGGAGAGCUGAAUAGACAGAAAUUCCAGACAAAACCUAUGAUAACUAUACAAUUUUAAAGCUCGUGUCGUUAGCGAUAAUAAACUUUUGAAACCAUAAAUAAAAUGGAAUUUUGGUUUUAUUAUCUGUGUGGCGUUAUCUCGUCUAUAUUGUACAGAUUUUUUAUAAUUUUUAGGCAUUCCAUUUUGAAUAUGUCCAUAUUUCUGUCGAAAGCUGCAUAAUUAUAUAUAUAUAUAUAUAUAUAGGACAGUUUUCAAUUUCAAAGUACAAGUUCCGUAAAGCAUUCCGUUGAAAAUGAAACGUUAUUUUAUUGACUUACGGUAUAUUUUUGAUUGCAGUGUCAAUUAUGUUAAUAGAUUACCUGAUUUUGUUAAGCAUAUAUUAUAUUGUUGUACAUAAGUUUUCAGAGGAACAAAUAUUACAAACAUGUGAAACGUAGAUGUCAUUUGGAUUACAUACUUAAAAAAUAAAUAACAUUUGGAAUUCCAUUUUUAAAAGUUUAAAUCAAGAACAUGUGGCCAAUACCUAGAUCCUGUUUUAAAUUUGCUGAUUUAAAAAAGAACAAGGAUUCCAUUUUUGAAAGUUUAAACGAAUAAUCUCAUAUGUGAUUACUCUGGAGCUGUUUCGCAUUUGUUGAUUUUAAAAAAGGAAUUCCAAUUCCAUAUUAGAAAGUUUAAAAAAACAAUGGUAAAAACGUAUGGAAUGUUUUGACACGCUUAGUUGCAAUUACGCAAGAGUCAUAAAGAAAAACAUUAAAUAGUAUUAGAACGAAAAGGCCAAAUUUUUAAAACAAAUUGGUUACAAAAAAUAUUUUAAAUUAAACCAAAUCUUUUGAUAGUCAGAUAGUAUUGUUUAGAUCGAAUAUUAGUUUGUAAAUGAUAUUUUUGUAGCUUAAUACUGAAGAUUAUUUUUAAGGCAUUUAUUUACAACAUUUUUUAUUUUAUUUAUGUUCAUGAAAUGGUUUAAAACUUUAUUUCAGAAAAUCGUAUUAAGACAAUGCUUUAUAAGAUCACUGAGGACAAAUUGUUCUGUUGGUCUGGUUAUUUCGGAUUAAAAUGAAAAAUAUUAAUAUAAUUUUGUGAAUAUUUUUAAAUGUACAUAAGAUUAUUAACACAAUGUAGUACACAUAAAAUAGAAAUGAUUAACACUGCCGAUAGGCCGAUAGGCUAAAUGGGACCUUCAUCUUUGUAUGGUCUACUGGUGUAUGCUUGCCCUUAACCUUGAGGUCAUGCGUUCAAAUCCCGGCUGUGCGCCAUUUUCCUUUCUAUGUACAAUUAACAAUUACUCGUACGAGUUGGGAAAUAGAAAAGUCACGUUUUUCAUGUGUCAAGCAAAAAAUACUGUUUGCAUAUUUGUCUAUAAAUAACGGCAAUUGAGGUCAUUGCACUUGCAUCGAAGUUAACUUAGGAGAACCGAGGCAUGUUAAGUAAUUUAACUUUAACGGACUUAGUUGUAAGUGAAUGAAAUAUCAUUGUUAUAAUAUUUGUAAGAAAUGCUUAGAUCUGUUGGAAAUUUUGCAGUAUGUCUAGUCGUUUAUUUUAUUGUUUUGUUCUAGAAAUUUUAGUGUUUUUAAUUUUAUAUACAUUUAUUACGUAGUCAAUAUCAAUAAACGAAUAUCACUUU